UUAUAUUAAUUUACUGCAUAAUAAUUCCAAUUUGUUCUUCAUCUUUGCAUAUAUGCAAAUAUAUGCAAAUUCCCAUCAAUAUGGGAAUUUUACUUUAAUCCAUAUUUUCAUACGGUUUGAGAUUUGUAUUUAUUAAUAACUAAUUAUUAAUUCGUGCUACUUAAUUAUAACUGAAAAAUGAUAUACAACAGUGCAAAAUUUGUUUAAUUUAAUCAAUAUAGGUGCCAUUUGACCAGUCAAUUUCUCAACUUACUUCUGCAUCUUCGCAUAAAUUUAUGUUGAUCCAUAUUUUCAUAAGACUUUAAAUUUGCAUUUGCUAAUAAUUAAUAAUUAAUUGGUGCUACUCAAUAAUCAAUGAAAAAUAAUAUGUAACAGUGCCAAAUUAAUGUAAUUUAAUUAAUAUAGUUGCCAUUUGACCAGACAAUUUCCCGAUUUUUUCUGCAUCUUCGCACAAAUCCAUAUUUUCAUGAGACUUGAGAUUUGUCCAUAUUUACCAAUAAUUAAUUAUUAAUUCGUGCCAUUAGGGAGUGAUUGACGUUUAGAGCUGCGUGAACUCGUCUACCUUCCAUUCAUCCAGGAUACUUGCGUCAUGGUCAACUUGCUGUUCCUCAUUAUUUAUUAGAUACAAAUCUAAAUUCCUACCUGUUCUCUCAACACAAAUCUUAACUACAAUGAAAUUCGUCAACAUUAUUAUUACAAUUAACUAUAAUUAUAGGUAGUUAACUUUUCAACGAGUUAGCUAAAUACGAUUAACUUUAACGAACAUGUCCAUUUUGGGGCUUGUUGUUAUCGUCAGUCUUCUACACUUUUCUGCGUACUUAACGACAUCUUUAUAUUCGACGAGUUUGUUAAACACGACGGCGACAAUUUAUUCGCCGUUUUUGGGACAAGAAAAACGGAACAAUGAGAACAGAACUCGAAUAACGACACCUUUAAAUGCGCCGAGUUUAUUAAAUGACACAGCGACGACGACAAUUUAUUCGCCAUUUUUGGGACACGAAGAGCGGAACAAUGAGAAAAGAUCACGAAUUAAAAAGUGUUGUCCUAAAGGACAUCGUCUUUUUGAAGAUAUUUCUAAAAAUGGACAAACCGAGUUUAAAUAUUUCUGUGCAGAGGAAACAAAUCGUUUCGAAGUGGGGGAACAUUCUUGGAAAAUUUAUAACUCACAGUUUGAUUCCGAACCUAUUUUCUCGCUGAAUGAGUGGGACGAAAUUGGAGCUUUUGAUGGGACCAGGAAUGAAAUUCCGAACUGUACAAAUUUAAAAGUUUUGGAAAACGGGGAAGAAAUUUGGUUUCGAGUUCUGGAAAACGGCGAGAUUUUUGUCGGACUCCAUUUUUGGGUGCAUCCGAUCUGGCUCAAGGUGACAAAACAGUCAGGAUAUUGUCUCGAUUUCAGCGCCCAGCCAAACUUUCAUCAACGCCCCUCGCAAGGCCUCGUUUUUUGUGACCUUGAUGAUUACCAAACUUACAGAUUGCACCGCCUCCUCUACGGCGUGACGUUUACCGUCUCAGCGACCUUUUUGACCUUCACCGUGGUCAUAUUUCUCAUGGUGAAACGCGGCCUGGGUCCAAAUAUCCAUUCGUGGUUGCAAUUCUCCUACUUUUUCGCCCUCCUUCUCUUCUAUGUCGCAGAAGGAGCCAGGAUCUGGGUCAAGUUUGACGGGCUUCACAUCAAACUGGGGGCUGGCUGCUUUUAUCAUGCCGUGGUCGCGCAAUAUUUCUCGAUUGUCUUCAUAUUCACCUUAUUCAGCCUGGCGGCCCACAUGCUGUACACAUUUUGGAAAAUGAAGCCACUUAAUUCUGCCCGAAAACGUCCCAAGGGUCGAGACAUCACCUUCUUAAUCAUGCUCCCAUGGAUAAUACCAUUCCUCGGACUUUUGGGUGGAUUAAUUUACAACCAUUUUACAAAUGUAAAGGCUUCCCAACAGGAAGUUGGUAUCUUUGAGUUUGGUCAUUUUCGCUGCGCGUCGCCCGCCUGGUUUGUGGGGACGGCGCUGUACACCUUGUUCUUCAUCCUCAACACGGUCUACUUCAUCGCCACGGCGGCCGUCAUUUCCGCCACGAUUUACAAAUCCGGCCGAAAAAAAUUAGCGUCGGAUACAUUUCGCCUCCUCCUAAAAAUCUGUCUCCUCAUGGGAAUCUUUUUCGGUUCGACGGUGUACGAAAUCUCGUUUGGUCGCGAGGCGGCCCAUCCGCUCCACUGGUUGUGGGCCUUCAGUCGCAUCGCCUUCUUCGGCCUCCAAGGAUUCUGGCUUUUUGUCGCAUUCGGGUGGUCAUCUGGACAUCGGACAGCGUUGGGAUGCACCUCAUUCCAAGAUGUCAUCAACAUGUUCAAAAGAAUCUCUUUCAAACGGAGGGGCACCGUUAGCACGACGGCGAAUGGAACGACGGCGUCAAUUCCGGAUUGUGAUCCGAAAAGUGUGUAAAUCUAAAAUUUGCUCAGAAUUUAAUGUCAUUUACAUAAAAUAAUCAAAGAUUGUAAAUAAAUAAUCGUGCGAACCGCAAAUUUACCUAAAUAUUUAAUAUUAAUCAAUAAAUCUGCAAUUUCUUACAUAAACGA